AACCCCGCCCCACCCGUCCACUGAGUCCCGCGGCCGGCUGUGCGUGCGUACGGCCUGCUCCGGUUCGGAGCGUGACUGACUAAGGGAACCGAAAGGAGCGGUCGCCUGAGGAGGGGAACCGAGGGGCAUGAAGUCGAGCGCCGCCGUCGCUGUUCACCCGUGAGGUAGUUGUGCCCGGGAGCCGAAGUCCCUACAGCUGCUGCCUGCUCUGCCCGGCCCGGCCGCUGUCACCAAGGCAGCCAUUUUGUGCCUCCCCUUUCCUCCCUCAGCUUGCCGCCGCCUCCUCCUUCGCCACCGCCGCGGAGCCCGGCCUUGUGCGUUGUAGUACGGAGGGGUCUCGGAGGGCCCAGGGCGGCGGCGGCGGCGCCUGCUGAGGCAGAGCCUGGCGAGGAAGUGGCGCGCGGCGCGGGGGGGCCCCCAUGGCGAAGAAAACCUACGACCUGCUCUUCAAGCUGCUGCUGAUCGGCGACUCGGGCGUUGGCAAGACCUGCGUGCUUUUCCGGUUCUCCGAUGAUGCUUUUAACACCACGUUCAUCUCAACCAUCGGGAUAGAUUUCAAGAUCAAAACAGUUGAAUUGCAAGGAAAGAAGAUAAAGCUACAGAUAUGGGACACAGCAGGACAAGAGCGAUUCCAUACCAUUACCACCUCCUACUAUAGAGGUGCCAUGGGAAUCAUGCUAGUGUAUGAUAUCACCAAUGCCAAAAGCUUUGAAAACAUCAGCAAAUGGCUUAGAAACAUAGAUGAGCAUGCUAACGAAGAUGUGGAGAGAAUGCUUUUAGGAAACAAAUGUGAUAUGGAUGACAAAAGAGUGGUACCUAAAGCAAAAGGUGAACAGAUUGCAAGGGAGCAUGGUAUUAGGUUUUUCGAAACUAGUGCAAAAGCAAAUAUAAACAUUGAGAAGGCAUUCCUCACGUUAGCAGAAGACAUUCUUCGAAAGACCCCUGUAAAAGAGCCCAACAGUGAAAAUGUAGAUAUCAGCAGUGGAGGUGGUGUGACAGGCUGGAAGACCAAGUGCUGCUGAAUGUGUUCCUCUCACCAAGCACCACCCAUCACCCCUCCUCUUCUUGCUGUGGAAUAAACCACUUGGCCCAUUUUUAACCUUAAAUAUUUUUCUCCUCAUCUUAACAUGGCUCCACCUUUCUUUUGUUCUUCUGUUAGGGAGCACUCACUGACUAUAAUUUUCUUGAAACAAACUGUAUUAAAAUCAUGUCUGACGUUAUUUUUAAUGUACCAGCUGAACUCAAUGCCACACUCUGGUUGUAUUAUAGCCCAGUCUUAACAUUAAAAUGUAGAACGACCAUUUCAGCUCCAGUCUGCAAACCGUACAAGAAUAAAACCUAGCAUUAACAGUUUAUUUUGUACAACAGUGGGGUUUUAUUAUGAACACUGUGCUUAAGUCACCAUAUUUGCAUAAGCAAAAAACUCAUUCGCCUUGAGUAUGUAAAUGGGGUUUAUUUUGUCCUGUGCCUUAUGUGGAAAGGAACUUAAGUUCUUCCCCUCCCCACUUUUUUUCUGUUCUGGUGGAAGCAAGACAGAAGAUCAAAUUCUACUGUGGUGACUUUACUAUGAUUGAUGUAGAGGAUUGAGGACAAAGGGGUUAGAGCAAGCUAUUCCAAUCUGCUUGAUGUCUCUUUUCCUGUUGGUUUAAAUUCUGACUAGUUCCUGCUGCCAUUUUUUUUCCUCUUUAGCAGUCUCCCUCCCUCCCCUUUUUUUUGCCUGCAUGCCGGUUUUAUUUUUUUUAUAUAUAGCGUGAAGUGUUAAGAGAUGGCAAUACAGUAUGAUUGCCAAAUUUAAUUCGAAGUACAGAUCACAAAUCUUUCUGAGGUAAAACGUGAAGUAUUUACUAACCUUUGUCUAGCAGCUGUCAGACCAAUUACUAUUUCUCCCUUCCUUCCUGCAUAGUUGUUGGGGUUUAUGAUAUGGAAGAAUUAAUUGCAUGCACUAGUUUUCUAUGGAGGAUGAUGUGGCUGUCUUCAAUCUUUGUAUAUGACUAUACCAUGUGGUUCCCAAAUCUACAGCCAUUCAUAAAAGAAUUUGGUUUUCUUUGCUGCUCCAGGCAGGUGACUCAGUAGCCUAGUCAAUAUUUAAAAUGUGGGGGAGGGGGGAGAAAGAGGGCAAGUAAGUUUGAAUGAUCACACCCCUAGAAUGUUUUCCUUCUGUGUUAAGUUCUUCACAAUAAAAAAAUCCCUUGUUUACAAA